GCCACCCAUUCUUUAUUUUUCCUUUCCCUUUAAUUUUUAUUGAGAAAAAAAAAGUGACGAACGAGAACUUUGGCAAUGGCGCUCUUCGUGUCACCAAUCAGAUGGUGACUACAAUCAAGGGAAAGUAAUGACGGUGUCAAUAUUUUUCUGUAAUGACGUAGCAUCCUCUUAGUAAUCACCGCCUACGGCUACGAGGUUGCCCUACGAAUCUCAAGAACACUUACUCUUCCCCACAGACCAAACGGUGCGCUGGCAGAUUGAAGAGUUACUGAGUUAGGAGGAAUGGGGAGCCACGUUAACGGCGUGGCUGGCGGCGGAGGAGGAGGAGGAGGAUGCAGCAGCAGUAGCAGCAGCAAUGGAGUGGUGGACAAGGGAGUUGAUUUCGCGCGGUAUUUCUGCACCUACGCUUUUCUCUAUCACCAGAAGGACAUGCUCUGCGAUCGGAUUCGCACGGACGCCUACAUCACUGCGAUUUUUAAGAACAAGCAUCACUUCCAUGGAAAGCAAUUUGUUAAAAGUGAAAUGAGACCAAUUUGGAUCAUUGUGAAGACUGUGUUGGAUGUAGGAACAGGAAGCGGCAUUCUUGCAAUCUGGUCAGCCAAAGCAGGGGCAAGAAAGGUAUAUGCUGUGGAAGCAACUAAGAUGUCUGAGCAUGCCUGUACCCUUGUUAAAGCAAACAAUCUUCAAAAUGUUGUUGAAGUGAUUAAGGGCUCUAUGGAGGAAGUUGUGCUACCAGAAAAAGUUGACGUUAUUAUAUCAGAGUGGAUGGGUUACUUUCUCCUGCUUAAGUCCAUGUUUGAUUCUGUGAUUUUUGCUCAUGAAUGCUGGCUGAAGCCCUCUGGGGUCAUUUAAGUAAAAGCUUUUGGAUAUCUGCUUCACUUGUUUUGUCACAACUUGCAACAUUUUUCUGUAUGCGUUGUAUUUUAUCAAAUAGGUAUUAUUAUUUAUGUUGAAGGGUCUUACCAUUUUUUGUCUCCUCUGGACUGCCAAAAUGUUUUCAGUUUAAUGUGGCCAUCCUAUACUGCUCUUUGGGUAACUAUGGGAUUCAUACUGCAUAAUGCUGCUUAAAAGCAUCAUUCACCAGAUUCUUUAAUCUGAUUUUUGCUAUCUGCAUUUGCACCCGCAUUUAGAUUUCCUUCUCCUUGUGUGUCCUACAAGCUGUUAGAAUGAUUCAUGACCAUUAUCUUUUGUGAAACUUAAUUUGGUUUCCUUACCCUAUUACUCAUAAGUCGUAAUGAGAGAGUUUGCCAUGAUUUGAGAUGAGGCUUUGGAAGUACAGUAAAGAACAACUGAUGUGGUAUUAUAUGAAGAGCAAGGUGAUAACCAACAAGGGUGUUUUUGAAUUGUUAAGAGAAAUGUUAUGCCUUCUAAGUUAUGAUGUAUAGGAAGGCUGGAUUAUUACAAAGUAAAACCAAGGAACUUUAAGUUGUAACUAAUUAAUGCACUAGCCAAAGGGGUAAAGCAAGGUUGGGACUGCUAUAGGGAUGUGAGGGAUAGAUUCAAAUCUUACCUUUCAAAUAAUGAAAAGGAAAUACAUCA